AUGUGGAUUUUAUUACUAUCAUUAAUGAUUGGUUUAGACUUCUUAGAACAUGGAGCGGACUUCGAAGCUGCAAUUUCCGCAACCGGUUUCGGCCGCUUUCAUUUCUGCCUAUUGGCGAUCACUGGUUUGAUUUACGCCAACACGGCUAUCGGCAUUACAAUUAUAUCUUUCGUGCUACCUGCUGCAACAUGCGACUUCCGUAUGACAUCUGCCGAUAAGGGCUGGCUCACAGCCGCCCCUAUGUUGGGUAUGGUUCUUGGUUCAUACUUUUGGGGCUGCUUGGCCGAUACCAAAGGGAGAAAGGUUGUGUUAGUAUCAACGCUAUUGCUCGACGGAACUGUCGGCAUCAUCUCCUCGUUCGUACAAAUUCUGCCCGUAUUUAUGGCAUGCAGAUUUGUCAACGGAUUUGCUGUCGCUGGUGCUAUGGGUAUCUGUUUUCCGUAUUUGGGUGAAUUCCAACAGACCAAAUACAGAGAGAAGAUCCUCUGCUGGAUGGAAAUGUUCUGGACUCUGGGUGUCAUCAUAUUACCAUUGAUCGCAUGGGGCAUCAUUCCUAUCCAGGGCAUUCGUAUCGAAACUCAAGGCUUUUCGUACGACUCGUGGAACUGGUUCGUAACAGCUUGCGGAGUGCCAUCUUUACUGUUAGGUUUCUGGCUACUGACUUUCCCCGAAAGUCCCAAAUUCAUGAUGGAGUGUGGUGACUACGACGACGCACUAGUGUGUCUCAAGAGCAUCUACAAACAGAAUACCGGAGACGACCCUGAUAACUACCCUAUCAAGAGUCUCAAAGAGAAAGUACGAACAAUAUCCGUGGCAUCGCAGAGCUCACAGAAAUCAGUGCGAAGUUUGAGCAUGCGUAAACCUAAGGAUCUGAAACGACUAUUUACCGAGAUCUGGGCUCAAACCAAGGCUCUAUGCAAGCCACCCUACCUCAAAUACACAAUACUCACUUGUAUCAUUCAAUUCGGCUUAACUACAAGCUACUACACCCUUAUGGUCUGGUUCCCUGAAUUGUUCAACCGUUACGAGGAAUUCGAAAACCGUUUCCCUAACACUUCCGCGUCAGUUUGCGAUGUCUCCGGAAUCGUAGUGCAAGAUGAGACCAAUACUGACCCCUUCGACUGUGAGAAGAUCAUCGAUCAGAACGUGUACUUGCACACAUUGAUCGUUGGGCUCGCUUGUAUCCCAACAUCUCUGUGGUUGCCUCUUUGCGUCCACAAACUUGGUGCUAAAUUCUUUUUAAUUUUCUCAUUGGGUUUUGCUGGUGUUGUAACCGUCGGUUUGUACUUCGUACAAAACUCCACUCAAAACUUGGUACUAUCAUGUAUCUUUGAAGCGCUCACCUCGCUCGCCAUCAGUCUUGUUUUCUGCGUGCUUGUCGAUUUAUUCCCAACGAAUCUUAGGGUAAUGGCAGCUGCGCUUUCACUCACUGCCGGUCGAGGUGGAGGUCUCAUAGGCAACUUGUCCUUCGGGUAUUUGAUCGACAUUAACUGUGUCGUACCCAUCGUCGUCUUCUCAGCAUUUUUGUUUAUUGCUGCACUUCUCUGCUUCUUCUUGCCAAAGACAGGACAAGAGGCUCUCGACUAAUACCAAGUGUCAAAUCAAAACUAGAUAGUACAAUUAGACUGUCAUAUAGAGAUCACAAGUGAGUGUACAUGAUACAUGAUAAGAUGUAAAUAAGUGGACUAAGUAUUCUUAUUUAUUGUCCGUAGAAUGAACGCGUCGAGGACGGCCAUGUCCCGCCUCUUACCGUUACCAUUUACUGUGAUUCAGUAUUCAAUGUAUCGAACGUAAGAUUAAGCAGUAUUUUAGAGUUGACUGUGUAAUAUAAUGUCCUUAAAUUAUUAUUAUUGUUAAUAAAGGUUAAUCUACCUUC